GCGGGGUCUGGAGGCGCCACGGGGACCGGAGGGGCCGGGCGGGAACGACCGGGACAGAGCGGGAUCGAGAGGGAUCGAGCAGCACCGGGACAGGGACCGGGACAGGGAUCGACCGGGAACGACCCGCACCGGGACCGACAAGGAUCCACCAGGAGAGGGAUCGCCCCGCCCCCGAUGUCCCACGCGGUGCUGCUGCUGCGGCGGCUGCGAGGCCGGGACCGGGACCGGGACCGGGAUCGGGAUCGGGAUCAGAACUGGCAGCGGGAUCAGGGCCAGGACCAUGACCGGGAUCCAGAUCAGAACCGGGAGCAGGAUUGGGGCCAGAACCGGGAUCGGGACCAGGACUGGGAUCGGGACCAGGACUGGCACCAGGACCAGCACCGGGAUUGGGAUCAGGACUGGCAUCAGGACCAGCACCGAGACCAACCCCAGGUCCAGCAGCAGGACUGGGAUCAGAACCAGCCCCAUGACCGGGACCAGCACCGGGACCGCGACCAUCACCAGAACCAGCACCGGGGGCAGGAGCACGACCCUCACCCCGCUCCCUCCUCGCCGACCGGGGGGUCCCUCCCCGCCCCGUCUCCGAUCCGCUCCCCCCGGCGCUGCCGCCGCCGCCGCCGCCGCCCGUACCCGGCGCAGCGGGUGUACCGGGCGCGCUGCUCCUUCCUGGAGCUGAGCGAGGAGCAGGCGCUGCGGCGCUGCCGCCUGGACCGCGCGGCCAUCGCGGCGCUGUGCCGGGAGCUGGGCUCGGACCUGCAGAGCCUCACGGGCCGCAGCCACGCGCUGCCCGUGGCCGUCAAGGUCACGUCGGCGCUCGCCUUCCUGGCCUCGGGCUCCUUCCAGACGGCGUCGCGCCUCAGCACGGGCAUCAGCCAGUCGGCCAUGUCCAACUGCCUGGCGCAGUUCCUGGCGGCCCUGCAGCGCCGGGCCCCGCGGUUCAUCGCCUUCCCGCCCGCCCCGGCGCCCGCCGCGGACCCGCCGGCGCUGCCCGGGGUGCUGGGGCUGGUGGGCGCCAUGCACGUGGCGCUGCGGGCGCCGGCCGAGGACGAGCCGCUCUUCCGCAACGCCGGCAACUUCCACUCCAUCAACAUGCAGGUGGUCUGCGACCGCGCCGGCGCCAUCACCAACGUCGUGGCCAAGUUCCCGGGGUCGUGCCCCAACGCCGCCGUCCUGGAGAACUCGGCGCUGGCCCGGCUCAUGGAGGGGGCGCGGCCCGAGGGGGUCUGGCUGCUGGGUGACGGCAGCUACCCCCUGAAGCCGUGGCUGCUGACGCCGAUCCAGGGCGCGCGGGGGGCGGCCGAGCUGCGCUACAACGCGCUGCACGCCCGGACCCUCGGCCCCCUGCGCCGCACCCUGGCGCUGCUGCGGCGCCGCUUCCGCUGCCUGGCGGGCGGGGGGCUGCAGUACAGCCCCCCCAAGGUGUGCCAGAUCUUCCUGGCCUGCUGCAUCCUGCACAACAUCGCCCUGCGCCGCCGCCUCCCCCUCGAGCCCCCCGAGGGGCUCCCCCCGCCCCCCCCCCGGGGGCCCCCGGACCCCCCCCCCCACCCCCCCCCCCCCCCGGCCCGGGGGCCCGCGAGGGUCGGGCCGUGAGGGCCCGGCUGGUGCAGAGGGUCCGGGAGGGAAUGGGCUGAGGGGGGCCCGGGGGGGGGCUGAUUUGGGGGGCUCUGAGGGUCCUGAGCCCUGGUUUGGGGGGGAACUGAGAGUCUGGGGGGGUUCUGAGCCCUUUGGGGGGCUCCUGAGCCCUGGUUUUGGGGGAGCUCUGAGAGUCCCUUUGGGGGGUGGGGUCUGAUUCCCAAUCUGAGGGGCUCUAAUCCCAAAUUAGGGGGUCUUAUCCCCAAUCUGGGGGUCUCUAAGCCUUUUGGGGGGGGUCUUGACCUUUAUUGGGAGGGGUCCUGAGCCUCCUGGGGGGGGGGUCCCUGCUGUGUCCCCCCCCAUGGUCCCGAUUUUGGUGCUGCCCCUUCCCCUGCCCCCCUUCCCCAAUGUGUCUGUGCUCGUUUUUGGGUGAAUAAAGUGGUUUUUUCAACCAUU